UUCCUGUCAUCUUCAAUGUUUGCAAGUUUCUUAAGUAUCUAAAGAAAUUUGAACACACAAGAGCCCUUCAGAUCUGAAACAACUUACAAUUCCACCAUGUCUAACCCGUCGGACAGCGCCGCCGCCGCCUGCCGGAGGUCCGGUCGGGCACCGGAGAAGUCCAGUUUUGCUCAGACUUGUAAUCUGCUGAGUCAGUACUUGAAGGAGAAGAGAAGCCUUGGAAUUACCCCUAGAAUUGAACCAAAAGAUGAGUUUCCGACGGCUCGGCCGCCGGCGAUUAUGAACCUGUUGACAAACAUGGAAAACCCAGAAGAGAAAGAGGCGGUGGGGCUUUUUCUGCCGCCGUCUGCCACGCAGAUGACCAUUUUUUACUGCGGAAAAGUGCUGGUGUUCAAUGAUCUUCCGUCGGAGAAGGCGGAGGAGAUCAUGACCAUGGCCGGUAAAGGAAUCGUGCCCUCUUCCAGAUCUGCCGCUACCGUCGUCUCCGACAAGGUUACAGAACCAGUCACCACCAGAGAACAACCUCCGACCAAAGUCUCCGAUGAUUUACCCAUAGCAAGAAGAGCUUCCCUCCAUCGAUUCUUCGAGAAAAGAAAAGACAGAGUUACAGCCAGAGCACCAUAUCAAGUGAAUUCCCGGCAAUAUUCUGGUUCUUCUACACCGACCGGAGAAAGCUACAGAUUCAAGAACGGCGAUGAGAAGAAAACCCAGCAAUCUUCCAACCAAUUUGAUCUAAAUUUGUAGGCAAAAUUAUAAUCUAAGCGUCUGCUUAAUUUCACCUUAAAAUCCUGACAUCCUCCUACCCUUCUCCAAGGAAUAUGAACAAGAACAUUGCUCUGUAAUUAAUUCUCAGAUUAUAGAUCAUCAUUUGUUGACUUCAAACAAUUUUUUUACAUCUAUGUUUCAUUUACAUAA